UGGGGAGCUGCGACUCAGCUGUCAGGAGGGAGAACUUGUGAUGCUUGAAAGCAAACUCUUGCUCUGCUUCUGUCUGUCCCUGUGAGCACAGGAACGUUGAUCUUACAGUAGCUGCCUCUGCUGCGACCUGCGAUCAGGACCAGAUGAGCAGAGGGAGGUUUCUGUGAAGAUCAGAGUCUCCCCAGCCCUGCCCCGGGAAGUGGCCCAGCAGCGCUGCGUCUCUGGCUGUCAUCGCUACGGACCUGGAAAAGAAAGAAGAGAAGAAAAAUGUCCCAUGCUUUAAAGCAAGUGUUCAAUAAAGACAAAACCUUCCGGCCCAAGCGCAAGUUUGAGCCGGGGACUCAGCGGUUCGAGCUGCACAAGAAGGCUCAGGCCUCCCUCAACGCUGGCCUGGACUUGAAAGUGGCCGUCCAGCUGCCGCCGGGCGAGGAGCAGAACGACUGGGUGGCCGUGCACGUGGUGGACUUCUUCAACCGCAUCAACCUGAUCUACGGCACCAUCAGUGACUAUUGCACGGAGCAGUCCUGCCCUGUCAUGUCGGGGGGACCCAAGUACGAGUACCGAUGGCAGGACGAGCACAAGUACCGCAAACCCACCGCCCUCUCCGCUCCCCAGUACAUGAACCUCCUGAUGGACUGGAUUGAGGUACAGAUCAACAACGAGGACAUCUUUCCCACUAACGUUGGUACUCCCUUCCCCAAGAACUUCCUCCCGGUGGUGAAAAAGAUUCUCUCCAGGCUCUUCCGGGUCUUUGUCCACGUCUACAUCCACCAUUUCGACAGGAUCACCCAGAUGGGGUCGGAAGCCCACGUGAACACCUGCUACAAGCACUUUUACUACUUUGUGAAAGAGUUCAAUCUCAUAGACACCAAGGAGCUGGAACCACUGAAGGAAAUGACCUCCCGGAUGUGCCACUGAGAUCAGAGGGAGCUUCCCCCUCCCACCUCGGCGUCUCUCCUGAGGACCCCCAGUCCCACCCCUUCAUCAGAGGCGUGAUUCAAGGGGAGAACAGAGACGUUUUCUUAAAGAAAUCUAUAUAUUUUUAAUGAGUUUCAAUGUAAAACUGUGAUAUUGCAGGAAUAUUUUUUUAAAGAUGCUCUAGAUAAACUAGUUUUUUAUAGUAAUUUCUAUAAAAAAAAAAAGAAAAAAAGAAAAUAUUUCGGGCCACUUGACAGAAGUGCUCGCUCUUGGAGGAGGGAAGAGCCACCCUGUGCUGUCCCUUCCCUGUCCCCUCACGGCGGUGGCACCGAUGCCUGAGAGCGAGCCGUGUCGUAGCGGUACUUCCCUCCGGACCCCCACUCCCCCCCCGUGAAGGGAGGGUCUGUGGGGACUGGGGAUGAAACGCUGGGGUACGCGGAUCCUGGGGUGCUGUGUGGCUCCAGCACCCCUUCCUCUGCCUGUGAGCCCAGUUUUUGGAUGGAGCUGCUUUCGUGCUCCCCCUCCGCUUGGCACCCUGUCCCCGAGGCUUGGCCCUCCUUGCUUUCCCUCUGGAAGAAGUUGGACUUGGGGUUCUUUGACGGUUGGACAAGAUGAUCUUUAAGGUCCCUUUCAACCUAGAAGAUUGAUUCUGUGAUGGCGGGAGCAGCGCUGCUCUGCUGCUGGAGCCCAUCCUGCCGCUGUGAAGCUGCUCGUGCCUCUUGCACCAGCUCUGAGCUGAGCUCCUCCCCGUGCACCCCUGGCUGCCAUGUCCCCACAGGGGACGGGGACCCGCGCUGGCAGCGUUAGACCAAGCUGUGCCUCGUGGGGACGAGCAGGGGGAAGGCGCUGGGAGAGGAGUGGGGAAGUCUUCUUCUCAACCACCUGCUCUUCCCCCUCUCCUUGUGGUACGCUGACCCGGCCGAGAAGGAACUGGGCUGUGUCAUCCUCCAGCCUUGCUUACUGGCCACGUCUGGACCAUUUUCUGCUUCCCAGUAGGAUAUGGAGCCUCCUCCCUCUCCCCGAGCAGCGUGGCCCCGCUCAGCUGCUUCUAUCUCACCACCAAGGUCUCUGGUGCUCAGCCAGACACCACCAGCCUGUCCUGCCCCUUGCACGAGCAACUCUGCUGCAUCACAAGAGCUUUGUGGUGCCCCCACAAAGUAGAUGAGGUCUACCUAGGCUGGGGGGGGUUUACAGUAAGAGAAAAGGUUUCUACGACCAGUGACCAAACAGCACCACUAACCACUGCUUCCUUGCAAACUUUUCCUGUGUCCUGGAAUCUCUGUACAUACGUGACUCUUCGUUUCUUGUACUGUCGUUAGGACACCUCGUACAAAUACCACUCUCCUCUUCUGAAAUGGAACCAAUAAAUUAUGUUGUAUUUACA